AUGGCCAACACAAUCAAAACAUUACUUCUCAUCAUCUCCUCCUUCUAUUUCUUCAUUCAACUUUCAAGUGCAGCCACUUACAAUGUGAUUACUUAUGGAGCAAAACCCGAUGGUAAAACCGACUCGACUCGACCCUUUCUCAAGGCAUGGACAUUGGCUUGCAGCUCCUCGACGCCAUCCACCAUCAAUGUCCCUAAGGGAAGAUUCUUGCUAAACCCCACCACAUUCAGAGGGCCAUGUAAGAACAAGAUUACCUUCCGUUUGAAUGGAACCCUUGUGGCACCUCUAGACUACCGUGCCCUUGGAAGUUCUGGGUAUUGGAUUUUGUUCAUUAAAGUUAACGAUGUUUCUUUCUUCGGCGGCAACAUUGACGCAAAGGGCGCUUCGUAUUGGGCCUGCAGGGACUCUGGAAAGGAUUGUCCACCGGGAGCUAGGUCACUAACAUUCAAUUGGGCGAACAACAUCUAUUUAAGUGGGCUGACAUCACUCAAUAGCCGGCAGUCUCAUAUUACAAUUAACAGUUGCAAUAAUGUAUUGGUUAAGAAUGUGAAGAUAAUGGCUCCCGACCAAAGCCCCAAUACUGACGGCAUUCAUGUGCAGUCAUCAACCGAUGUAACCAUCACAGGAACUACCAUCCAAACUGGUGAUGAUUGCAUAUCCAUUGGAGAUGGAACUAAGAAUUUGUUUAUGACUCAUAUCAAAUGUGGGCCUGGCCAUGGCGUAAGCAUUGGGAGCUUGGGAAAAGAGUUUGACGAACAAGGCGUCCAAAAUGUAACAUUGAUGAACGCAGUGUUCACUAAAUCCGAUAAUGGUGUGAGGAUAAAGACGUGGGCGAGGCCUGGCAAUGGCUUCGUGAAACAUGUUGUGUUUCAGAACAUCGUUAUGAACAAUGUUAAGAAUCCCAUCAUAAUCGAUCAAAAUUAUUGUCCGGACAAUGAAGGUUGUCCUGGUCAGAGUGCUGGAGUGAAGAUUAGUGAUGUGACGUAUAAAAACAUUGGAGGAACAUCAGCAACAUCAGAGGCUAUAACAUUUGAUUGCAGCUCUACCAAUCCAUGUGAUGACAUACGUUUGGAGGACAUCAAGCUUACGUAUAAGAACAAGGCAUCGACAUCGACAUGCAACAACGUUGGUGGAUCAAGUGUGGGAAUUCUUAUGCCACAAAGUUGCUUGUGA